AUGAGACAGCAAAACUCCCACCAAUCGUUACAACAGCAGCUUUAUGAGCAACAGCAGCAGCAACAACAAGAAUUCUAUCAACAACAACAGUAUUAUCAACAACAACAACAACAACAUGCUCAACAGCAACAAGCCCAGCAACAACAACAUUCAUUGGCAUCGCGUUCCACACAUAACAAUUUUGAAAAUGCAGUUAAGAUUCAACCAAACCCACCACAACCUUCUUCACAGUCAAGCAACAAUAAUAAUAACAGUAACUAUGUGUAUUUUGAAAGAAGACCAGAAACUUUUAAGAAACAUACUCAAGAUAAAGCAGCAGCAGUUAAAUUAAGAUUAGAAAAUUUUUAUCAAAUGUCAGUAACACAUGCAGUGGAAAGAAACCAAAGACGUGUUGAUUUGGAACAUAAAUUACAAAAUGAUGACGGGUCAGAAGAACGUAAGAAUCGUCAAUUACAAUCAUUAGGACGUAAAGAAUCACAAUUUUUAAGAUUACGUCGUACAAGAUUAUCUUUGGAUGAUUUUGAAACUGUUAAAGUUAUUGGUAAAGGUGCAUUUGGUGAAGUUAGACUAGUUCAAAAGAAAGAUACAGGUAAGAUUUAUGCAAUGAAAACUUUAUUAAAAUCAGAAAUGUAUAAGAAAGAUCAAUUAGCUCAUGUUAAAGCUGAAAGAGAUGUUUUAGCAGGAAGUGAUUCUCCAUGGGUUGUUUCAUUAUAUUAUUCCUUCCAAGAUGCUCAAUAUUUAUACCUUAUUAUGGAAUUUUUACCAGGUGGUGAUCUAAUGACAAUGUUGAUUAGAUGGCAAAUAUUCACAGAAGAUAUAACAAGAUUUUAUAUGGCUGAAUGUGUUUUAGCUAUAGAAGCUAUUCAUAAAUUAGGUUUCAUUCAUAGAGAUAUCAAACCAGAUAAUAUUUUGAUUGAUAUUCGUGGUCAUAUUAAAUUAUCAGAUUUUGGUUUAUCAACAGGGUUCCACAAGACUCAUGAUUCAAAUUACUAUAAGAAAUUAUUAGAUCAAGAUAAAAAUUUACAACAACCUCAACCUUUAAAUCAACCAGGAGCAAGAAAUACAAUGAUGGUUGAUGCUAUUCAUUUAACAAUGUCAAAUCGUCAACAAAUCCAAACAUGGAGAAAAUCAAGAAGAUUAAUGGCAUAUUCCACAGUGGGGACACCCGAUUAUAUUGCACCAGAAAUUUUCAUCCAUCAAGGUUAUGGACAAGAAUGUGAUUGGUGGUCAUUAGGUACAAUUAUGUUUGAAUGUCUUGUUGGUUGGCCACCAUUUUGUUCAGAAACUCCUCAAGAAACAUAUAGAAAGAUUUUGAAUUUCCAAGAAACUUUACAAUUCCCUGAUGAUAUUCAUCUAAGUCCUGAAGCUGAAAAUUUGAUUAGAAGAUUGUUGACACAUUCUGAACAUAGAUUAGGUAGACAUGGAGGUGCACAAGAGAUUAAAAGUCAUCCAUUCUUUAGAGGCGUUGAUUGGGAUACUAUUAGAAAUGUUGAUGCUCCAUUUAUUCCAAAAUUGAAGAGUAUUACAGAUACAAGAUUCUUCCCAACUGAUGAAUUAGAAAACGUUCCUGAAAACCCUGCAUUAAUUAAAGCUGAAAGACAAAGAGAACAAGGUAAAGUUGGUAAUAGUGGUGGCGAUAGCAAAGAAGAUUUACCAUUUAUUGGUUAUACUUAUUCAAGAUUUGAUUAUUUAACAAGAAAAAAUGCAUUAUGA